CCAUGGUAGAGGGUUUGGAAUCAGAUGAUCUUUUAAGAUCCCUUUCCAAACCAAACCAUUCUUUGAUACGACUCUGAUAUUGUUCCGUGUAUUUUUAGUGGGAGGCGUUUGGUCUUCAAUCUCAAUAGUUUUACGACUUGCAGAAAAGAUAAAGUAAAGAUAUUUAAAGAAUUAGUUCUGUGAUUAGAUGUUACAUGAAAAAUGUCAAAGGGAAGAUGUGAAAUAGUGAAAUUACUGUGUUUUUAAAGCAAGGAUUUCACUAUUUGUAUGGUACUUAGGAGUUUCACUGUGACACCUGAAAAAUAUACAAGUAAUAAAACUAGUUCUUGUUUUGGUGGGGCCUUCUUUUCCAGAUACUAUGGAGAAUAAUGAAAGCAGUGCUAAGGAUGCAAAGAGCACCUCAGAUGAAGGUGACAGCAGAGACAUAGUUCAGCAGAAAACUGAGGAAGAAAGCAUCUUCCAUGAGGAAACCAUUGAUCUUGGUGGAGAUGAAUUUGAGUCUGAAGGGAAUGAAACUGUAUCAGAGGAUUCAAAUAAUUUUGUAGAUAAACUUAAUGAGCAAAUGAUGGAGAGUGUCAUUAUUUCAGAUUCUCCAAACAAUAGUGAAGAUGACACAGGUGAACUUGGUUGUCUUCAGGAGAUUGUAGACCAAAUGGAAGCUAAAGAUAAUCAAAAAACACAAACAGAAGUGGAUAAAGAAGAGUUUUUAAGUAAUGAGAGUGAAACUGAACAUGAAGAAACUCCUAAAGACAUUUCUGAGAUUGGAACAGAUGAUCAGGCAUCUUUAAAGGAAGAAUCAAUUCAGGAAGCAGUGAAGGAGGAACCAAAGUUGGGAAACAACAUUCCUGUUGAAACAAAACCAAAUAAUAUUGAUGAAAGCAUGCCUGGGGACCAAAUAUUGUCACCCAGUACUACCAAACCAUCUUCUGAGGCUGAGCCUAUUCCUGUGUGCACCAUCUUCAGCCAAGCAAACAAUGCUAGUUCACAGCCACAGUUGUUCCUGCCAGAUGGUUUUGAGCCUCAGAUGGUGAAAUCUCCCAGUUUUAGUAGUAUAAUAGAGACUCCAGUGAAGUCUAAUCCACAGGUGGUUCAACCAAGUCCUAGUCUAAGCAAAUUCUUCGGUGACACUGUUAACACUAAUACUUUAGCUUCUGAUUUUUUCGAUUCAUUUACCACAUCUAAUUUUAUUUCUGUUAGUAAUCCAAAUGCAAGCUCUUCAGUUCCAGAACAAAUGUCCUCUCUUUCUAAUGGUGGAGAUGGUUCUUCAUCCAACUCUACUUUCCCUGUGCAAAAUGGGAGACCUGAAGCAGGUGGUCCACCAUCAUCUCUAGAAAUAACUCAAUCCCCCAAGCCAUUCUCACAGAUCCAAGCUGUUUUUGCUGGGAGUGAUGACCCGUUUGCCACAGCUUUAAAUAUGAGUGAACUAGAUAGAAGAAAUGAUGCUUGGAUUCCUAGUGAGGAGACAAGAAAUGUUCUCAUUUCAGUUGCCACACAACAAUACAGCGCUGUGUUCAUAGAUAAAGAGAAUCUCACCAUGCCUGGAUUAAAAUUCGAUAAUAUCCAGGGAGAUGCAGUAAAAGACCUAAUGCUUCGCUUCUUGGGGGAGCAGGCUGCAGUGAAGAGACAAGUUUUAAAUGCCAACUCUGUAGAGCAGUCAUUUGUAGGCUUGAAACAGCUAAUUAGUAGUAAAAACUGGAGGGCAGCAGUUGACUUGUGUGGGCGACUUCUAGCUGCACAUGGUCAAGGCUAUAAAAAAAGUGGACUACCUGCUAGCCAUACAACAGAUUCUUUACAGCUGUGGUUUGUGAGACUAGCACUGCUGGUAAAACUGAAUCUGUUCCAAAAUGCAGAAAUGGAAUUUGAACCAUUUGGAAAUUUAGACCAGCCUGAUCUUUAUUAUGAAUAUUACCCUAAUGUAUACCCUGGACGUAAAGGUUCUAUGGUUCCUUUCUCCAUGCGGAUUUUGCAUGCUGAACUUCCUCAGUACCUAGGAAAUCCUCAGGAAUCACUUGACAGACUGCACAGUAUGAAGAUAAUCUGCGCCAAGAUACUAGAAAAUUUGGAACAAGGCUUAGCUGAAGAUGGAAGUAUGACUAACAUUACACAGGAGAACAGACAAGCCUCUGUUCAGCUGUGGAGGUCACGUCUGGGCCGGGUGAUGUACUCCAUGGCAAACUGUCUGCUAAUGAUGAAGGAUUAUGUGCUGGCUGUAGAUGCUUACCACUCUGUCAUCAAAUAUUACCCACAGCAAGAGCCUCAGUUGCUGAGUGGAAUUGGAAGGAUUUUCCUUCAGAUUGGAGACAUAAAAACUGCAGAAAAAUACUUUCAAGAUGUUGAGAAAGUGACUCACAAAUUGGAUGGACUACAGAGCCAAAUUAUGGUUUUAAUGAACAGAGCAUUUCUCUACCUUGGUCAGAAUAAUUUUGCAGAAGCUCAUCGAUUUUUCACAGAAAUUUUAAGGAUCGACUCAUCAAAUGCUGUGGCUAACAACAAUGCUGCUGUUUGUCUUCUUUACCUGGGGAAACUGAAGGAUUCCCUGCGGCAGUUGGAAGGAAUGGUUCAGCAGGACCCUCAACACUACCUACAUGAGAGUGUCCUCUUCAACCUGACCACUAUGUAUGAACUGGAGUCAUCUCGCAGUAUGCAGAAGAAGCAGGCACUUCUAGAGGCUGUAGCUAUCAAAGAGGGUGAUAGCUUUAAUACUCAGUGUCUCAAGUUAGGAUAGAUAAUUUCCAACUGAUUUUUUUUCAGCAAGGAUGUUUUUUUUUAAUUGUAUAUACUCUCGCUAAUGUGUAAAUGUGAAAUAAAAUCUAUUCAAUU